UCACUGAAGGCGUCGGCAAGUCAACCGGAGCCAAAGAAAGAGAAGAAGAAGAAGAGCAAGAAAGGUAAAACGAAGGAUAACAGCUCCAGCAUGUAUCCUAGCAACGACCAGCCCGCAGCUGGUAUGUAUGGGUGUCUCUGCCUUACAAUGUGA